UUAGAAAAUACACACAUACAACCGUAUAAAAAAUACAAGUACAUACAUACACAAAAACAGACAUAUAGUUAUUAGUAUAGCUGCAAAAAUAAACCAAGUGUAUAUAUCUCAUCUUCUACUGUGCCAAAAUAAGCACGUUAGUUACUAAAUUAAUACAAUUGAAAUAGCAUUAUAUUGUACAAUAAUACAUUUAUAUAAUAAUAUUCAUAAUUAAUGAAUGAUCCAAAAUUACAAAAAAGAAAUACACAAUAUGAUUAAGAAGUCAAGAAAAAUCAAGCUUGAAGAAAUAUCUUGGAAAGAACUUUAAAUAGACCUAUAUGCAUAUGAGGAUGCUUUGUAUCUGUGUGUAUGCAUAUGAGUACAUAGCUUGAUAGUUAAUUGAACACAUUUGUGUGUAAUAAUAAGUAAAGAGUAUACAUAUCCCACAGACAGUCAGUGUGAAUGUGCUGAUGACAAUGGUUAGAAUGGAGAAUAUUCUUUGUUUCAUCUUUUAUUUAAUUAUUUUAACAAAUGGACAAUACAAAGAUGACGCAGACUACAAUCAUGAAUUUUAUCAAGAUGCAUCAAUCGAUUAUGUACAGAGUUUGGGAGAUAAUCCGCAGAAUGCAUUACAAGAUGAUUUCUAUAUUUUAAAUGAUAUAGAGAAUGCAGAAUUACAGAACGACAUGUAUCCGGAUAUAAAUGAUUUCUCCAUUGCAUUUUCUAACGAUAAAAAUUCAUUAAAACGUACUAACUCGCUUAAUAAUCAAUUGGAUUGGUAUAAAGUGCCUGAAAAAGUAUAUCGUUAUACCAAACAUCGUAUUCCUGGAUACGAUUACGACGAGUUUGAUUAUUUUGGCGUAAAGAGUUCCUCUAAGGUCUGUGAUGAGAAAUCAAUAUGGACUCAUUGUCUUUGUCAAUUUACAUGCAAUGAACCUAAUAUGGUAGACUGUUAUACUCCAUGCAAAAGUGGAUGCGAAUGCAAAGAAAAUUAUGUGUUCGAUGAUAAACAACAACAGUGCCUAUUACCUGAAGAAUGUUCUUCCAAACAAGAAGACAUUAUUUAUAAUAAAUAAAAUUUGAUAAAAAUAUUCGAUCUUUAUAUUUAACGAUAAUAGAAAAUAAUCAAAGUUUGUAUCCUUUAUGUGAAUUAAAGUUAUUUAAGAAAAUGAA